CAGCAGAGUCCAAGGGAGCGGAAUCCAGCUGAGCAAAGCCCAGCCAUCAGGGAGCAAGACCUGGAAUACCCAUGGCUCCGGUGAUGCAAGAGCUGCCUCUCAUGUGCCUGAUGCUGCUCCUGCUCUGCAGAGACCCAGGUGUGGGUGCCCAGCUGGGUCAAGGCUUCAUUCUGCAGCAGCCCCAGACCAAGGUGUCAGUGGCAGCGGGGGAGACGCUCACUCUGAACUGCACCACGUUAGAAACCGCUGAACCAGGUCCUCUGAGGUGGCUGAAGGGCUGGGACAGAGGGAACAAGACCAUUUAUGACCAGACAAGAAAGGAUCCCUCCUCCCGUGUGACAAGAGCAAUGAAUAAGUCCAAAACAGACUUCACCAUCCACAUCAGGAACGUUCAGCCUGAGGACACGGGCACCUACUACUGCGUGAAGUUUGUUAAGUCAUACACUGGUGUGGAUGAGGUGUUGCAGCGUGGCAGUGGCACAGAGGUGUCCGUGCUGGCCAAACCCAGCCCCCCACUCGUGUCUGGGCCUGAGCAGAGAGCGGAGCCGGGGCAGUCGGUGCCUUUCACCUGCACGACCGGAGGGUUCUUUCCCAAAGAGAUUGGGGUGAAAUGGUUCAAGAACAAGGACCCCAUGGGUGCUCUGCCGCCCCAGGUCACUGAAUGGGGGGUGAAAACCUACAACAUAUCCAGCACAGUGAUGGUGACCCUGCAGGAGGAUGACGUCCGCUCGCAGCUCAUCUGUGAGGUGCAGCACCCCACGCUGCUGGUCCCACUGCAAGGGAGGUACCAGCUCAGCAGAGUCCUGCGAGUUCCCCCCAGCGUCGAAGUGCGCGCUGAGCCGAGCCCUGUUGAGGUGAACAAGACCGUGACCUUCACCUGCCUCAUGAAGGAGUUUUACCCAGCAAAGGUGUCUGUUUCCUGGCUGGAGAAUGGCAGUGAGAUAAAGGUGGAGAACAUCUCCCAGCCAUUGGAGCUCCCCCAGGGCUUGUUUGAGCUGAGAAGCCAGGUGGAGGUGCAAGCGACGGAGGAGAAAAACGGGUCCACUAUCUCCUGCGUGGUGGUGCAUGAUGGCCGGGCGCCUGCCAACUACUCGGCCUUCCUGUGGAUCUCCAACCCGGGCCAGGGAGGAUUGAGCAACGGGUUCCAGAUGUAUGAGGGUGCGAACCUUCCGUCCAGCCUCCUCCUCCUGUUGCUUUGUAUCCUGCUGGAGAAGGGAUUCCUCGGUGGGAUCCUCUUCUUCCUCUUCAGGCGCAUGAGGAGAAAAGCAUCGGAGAUGUUUCCCUGUCCUGCUCCAUCUCAGUUCCUGGAUCCUCGAGUCAGGUCUCAGGGUGUGGCCACUGCCAGCAGUGACAUCCAUCAGGGAGCAAGACCUGGAAUACCCAUGGCUCCGGUGAUGCAAGAGCUGCCUCUCAUGUGCCUGAUGCUGCUCCUGCUCUGCAGAGACCCAGGUGUGGGUGCCCAGCUGGGUCAAGGAUUCAGUCUGCAGCAGCCCCAGACCAAGGUGUCAGUGGCAGCGGGGGAGACGCUCACCCUGAAUUGCACCACGUCAGGAAUUGCUAGCCCAGGUCCUGUGAAGUGGCUGAAGGGCUGGGACAGGGGGUUCCAGACCAUCUAUGACCAGAAAACCUAUCGCUUAUCCCAUGUGAUGAGAGCAGUGGCUGGGUCCAACACAGACUUCACCAUCCACAUCAGGAACGUUCAGCCUGAGGACACGGGCACCUACUACUGUGUGAAGUUUGUUAAGUCAUACACUGGUGUGGAUGAGGUGUUUCUGCAUGGCAAUGGCACAGAGGUGUCCAUGCAGGCCAAACCCAGCCCUCCACUCGUGUCUGGGCCUGAGCAGAGAGCGGAGCCGGGGCAGUCGGUGCCUUUCACCUGCACAACCGGAGGGUUCUUUCCCAAAGAGAUUGGGGUGAAAUGGUUCAAGAACAAGGACCCCAUGGUUGCUCAGCCGCCCCAGGUCACCGAAUCGCGGGUGAAAACCUACAACAUAUCCAGCACAGUGAUGGUGACCCUGCAGGAGGAUGACGUCCGCUCGCAGCUCAUCUGUGAGGUGCAGCACCCCACACUGCUGGUCCCACUGCAAGGGAGGUACCCGCUCAGCAGAGUCCUGCGAGUUCCCCCCAGCGUCGAAGUGCGCGCUGAGCCGAGCCCUGUUGAGGUGAACAAGACCGUGACCUUCACCUGCCUCGUGAAGAAGUUUUACCCAGCAAAUGUGUCUGUUUCCUGGCUGGAGAAUGGCAGUGAGAUAAAGGUGGAGAACAUCUCCCGGCCAGUGGAGCUCCACUGGGGCUUGUUUGAGCUGAGAAGCCAGGUGGAGGUGCAAGCGACUGAGGAGAAAAACGGGUCCACUAUCUCCUGCGUGGUGGUGCAUGAUGGCCGGGCACCUGCCAGCUACUCGGCCUUCCUGUGGACCUCCAACCCAGGCCAGGGAGGAUUGAGCAAGGGGUUCCAGAUGUAUGAGGGUGCGAACCUUCCGUCCAGCCUCCUCCUCCUGUUGCUUUGUAUCCUGCUGGAGAAGGGGUUCUUCGGUGGGAUCCUCUUCUUCCUCUUCAGGCGCAUGAGGAGAAAAGCAUCGGAGAUGUUUCCCUGUCCUGCUUUGUCUUAGUUCCUGGAUCCUCGAGUCAGGUCUCAGGGUGUGGCCACUGCCA